AGAUUGUAACCUUCACUGAAAGACUGGCUUUCUUUGCUUCACUGCUAUACCUACAGCGUCUAGAUCAGGAGAAGCACCAGCUCCAGUGAGUCCGCUCCAGCUCCUCCCCAGAGUUUAGAGGCCUCACAGAGCUGGACACAGGGUAAGGCCCUGGAGGCUGUUUCCAAGUUCCCUUUCUGGUGUAUUACACAAUCAGUACAUGAACUUGAAUGGAUUUGGAGGUUAAAGGAGUUGCUGCUUCUCCUAGGCGUCAAACUCAGUCAUUCUCUGGAAGAAGGAAGCCACUACAACAAGGAUGGACUGCCAAAUCAUGGGCCAUACAGAAUCCUUGCCCUCCUGUGGUCCCACGCCUUGAUUUGGGAAGCCUUGUUGACUCUGAUGAUGAGGAUGAUUUUUCAUAUAUUCCAUUUAGAACAGCGCAUAUUCAUUUUGACCCACCAAAUCCAUCUUCUGCUCUUGAUGGGGUCACACCAUGUCAAAUACCAUAUACUCAGCAACAUCUAAAUGAACUGGAGCAGGAUAUUAUACCUGAAGAUUUGCCAGCACCAACAAGCAAAUAUAAACUAAAAUAUCAGCAAUACAAAACUGAAAUGAAAGAGGGAUAUAAACAGUAUUGUCAGAGAAAUGCAGAAAAGACAAAAUCAAAUAUCAGAUAUCAACCAUCUCCAAGAAACAAGAUAGAUAACAAGAAUGCCCAAGGGGAAGAAGCCGUCACAGAUGACCUUACAACUCUGGAUAGGAAAGCCCUCUUACAGCAGCGUUAUGCAGACAACCCUUACCAUGCACAGCAGAGUACAAGGAAAUCUAAUGCUGAAAUUGUGGCCGCUGAAAAGAAGAAACAGAGCGUUGCAGAGCAAGUGAUGCUGGACCACCUAUGCCGGGCUGUAAUCAGUGAUCCAGAGCAAAACUUAACCACUGAGAAACCAGAAGGUGCUUGUGUCCUUCCAGACUCAAACCUAACACCUCUUCGAUUUAGGAAAAGAACACUACAUGAAACAAAGAUAAAAACACAUUCUACAUUAACCGAAAAUAUGCUUUCUCAUAAAGUACAAUUUGACUGUAGGAUCAUAUCAAGAAAUGGACGUGAUGCUUGCAGAGAGCUGGUUGGGUUCUUUUUUAUUCAUGAUCAGUCCCUUACAAUUUACGAAUAUCGGCAAUUUGGGAAAAAUAGAACAAAUGUGCUUCCUUUUAUUAAAAAAAGCACUUAUAGUCAUCAGUGUGGGCGAAGAAAAGGCAAACAGUACCAACUUGGCGAUUUUUAUAUUGGUGCAAACUUGACAUUUUUAAGUUCUGAUCAUCUCAGACUUCCAGAAAGCAUAAAAGAAAACACAUUACUUAUCCUUCGAAUCACAAAUAUUGAUCAGGUAGCUUCAGAUGAUCUCAGAACUGAUUCUGUGCAACAAGAGGAUGAUACAACCAGGCAAGAGGCCAAUGAUAGGCUGGUCUUCAAAGCCAUUCAAGAUAAGCUAAAAGAACAGCUACAUAAAAGAGGUGUCCGUAUUUUGACUGCAAUGGGAAAAUACUUUCAACAGCUGGACAAGGAAAGAAAUGGACUUUUAGAUAAAGCAGAUUUUAAGCAAGCUCUAAAAGUCUUUCACUUAGAAAUGUCUGAAAAGGAUUUUGAGUCUUCAUGGCUAAUUCUAAAUGAAAAUGGCAAUGGCAGGGUUGACUAUGGAGAAUUCAGACGUGCCAUUAUUGGUGAAAUGAAUGAAUACAGAAAAUCAUUUGUUCGAAAGGCUUUUAUGAAACUAGAUUUCAACAAAACUGGCAGUGUGCCUAUCAUAGACAUAAGAAAAUGUUACUGUGCAAAGAAGCACCCUCAAGUAAUUUCAGGCCAUUCCACAGAGGAAGAAAUCAAAUUAUCUUUUCUGGAUACGUUAAAAGAAGCCUGCAGCAAGUCUGAUGAAGUCUCCUAUGGUGAAUUUGAAGAUUACUAUGAAGGUCUAAGUAUAGGAGUAGUAGAUGAUGAAGAUUUUGUUACUAUUUUACGUACUCCCUGGGGGAUUUAGUUUUUCGAAGUUAGUCCUAAGCAUUUUAAAGGAGAGAUGAAUUCAAUGUAAAGUAUGAUCAAAGACUGAAAUAUAAUUUUCUAAAGCUCUAUUCUUUUUUUUUCCUUUUUUUCUCAAAAGAGUUGAGUCUAGAGAGAGAAAUAUUCAGAAAGACAGAUAUAAGGGUAUGUGUAUGUUCAGGUGCAAGUAUGAUUGUUCACGUCUCUAAGUUUAAAAAAGACCCUGCUUGAAUAUAUUCCAGAGGUCUUUUUUUUUUUAUUAGACUUCUUAGGAAAGUAACAUCUGUAUCAAACUAUAUGAGAUCAUCUAUGUAGUAACCAAGUUUCUUGUCCAAUUUUUUCCCUAUUCAUUUCCCAAAAUAAAAUUGCUACUCUUUUCAAUUUGAUAAAUGGGAGUAGGACCCAAAACUUAUGAGACUGAAAUAGUUCAAACAUAUGAAAAUGUUAAAGGAAUGGAUAUGCAAGAGAAAUUUUCCAAGCAGUGUGAUUAUGGAUGUUUUCUGUAACAUCAAUAUCUUGAAUGAUAGAGGCCUACCCCUAAAAUGCUUACUUAAACACAGACUUGUGAAUUCUUGUCUUCCACAUUGCAUGUUGUUGUUUUUCAAUAGAAUACAAUGUAAUUACUUAGUAACCAGUUCUAUUCAUCUUUUUAUUUUAUUUUUAACUGCAGACCUUAUAACCUGCACAGAAUUAUUAUUUAGCUAGAAACAAUACAAAAUAGGAGAUGGGAUGUUUUCUUAGAUUACUGAAUAAACAUCUCAGAAAGGGCAUUGUCACAUACAUGGACUGAGGGAUAAUUUGAUAAUUCUUAACCAAAAUGUAAAAAGAUAUUUUGUGUCCUAAGAUGAAUAUAUAUUAUUCUAAACAUCUUUUCUUUUGUUGUUGUUGUUAUAUAAACAACUGAAACAGUUCCUUCUAAAUAGAUAUAACUUAAUGGUUAGAAGUGUUGUAAUCAUUUUUUCUAAAUUCUCCUAUGUUCUUCACUUCUCCUUAGAAAUACAAAGAGGGGAGUUUAUAGAGUUGUUUUCAAGUUCAUAAUUUUACAUUUUUAUGUUAAUAUAAAUUAUUUAAAAAGCAGUGCUGAGUAAAAUAAGUGGCUAAAAAAUAAAAAUAUAUUCUUUGUAGAAUACAACUUUUUGGCAUAUAACUUUAUUCUUGGCAACAUUUUAAAAAAUGUGAUGUGUGUGAACUAAAUAAAUUCAAAGUAGUAUGUACCUUUUCAAGAUUUUAGAAGGUACCAAAACUCACUGCUAAAAUAUCAGAAAUACUAUCUAAUAAAAGGGUACUAUGCAAAUUAACCAUCACUCCAUCACAAAGAUGGCGGUGCCCAGUCCUCUCAGCCCCCAGUGGAGUCCUCCAGUCCUGGGGGCGUGGCAGCAGAGAGUGGGCAGCAUGAGGGGCCUGGCGGAAUGCUUGCCUCAUCGCUGUGGUGCCGAGGCAAGCGUUUCACCCCGGCAGCGGAGGGCCUCUGGGCUGUGGGCACCGAGCGGCCGGUGGUGGGGGGGGAACACUUGGGUUAUCACCUGUCCAGGAGGCAAGCUUUCCAUGCCCGGCUGUGGAUGGGCCUCUGGGCAGCGGGCGCAGAGUGGCCAGGCCCCGCAGAGAGCUACUGACGCACAGAUUCGUGCACAGGGCUACUGGUACAUGUAUAACUAUUUUAGUGUUGUUUUCACCAGCAGAAUUCUUUACUCCUUGGAGUGUUUUUUUUUUUUUCAAUUAGGUUAUUGUAAUUAAAUCAAGCUGUUGGAAGAUGUUUUUAACACUGUUUGUGAAUCACAUUUUUUUACUUGGAAAAAUUCAUCCAACUAUAGUCAUCUUAAAUCCUGUAAAUUGCUCUGCCGUUAAAAUGACUCAUAAUACUGUGGGUGCUCAGUAUGCAUGUAGUAUUUUUCAUUGAUAAAAUUAUAUUUAGUUCUCCUUAACAAGUCUAUUCUCAAUUUUGUUAUGCCACAUUUCCCUGUGCAUAUAAUCAGAAAAUGUUUGGGCUGUUACAUUAUUUUAAAAAUGGAGGAGAACUUUUUUGGGGAUUUAGCAUAUUAAUAUGACAGCAUACUUUUAAAAAAGCCUCCACCCUAUUAGUAUAAAUAUUCAUAUGUGAUUACCUGUGGGAAGUUUAUUUAAAUGACAUAACAGUUUUAUAGUUAAUUUCUUAUUUUACACAGUUAUUCUCAUGUAGAGUUAGAAAAUACAUAUUCAGUGUUGUUUGUUUUAUUUCAUUAAAAUAUAAUUGGUAGCACAAUAAAUCAUUCUGCUUUG